AAAAUGUAGGAGUAGGAGGCAGGAAUGUUUUGUUCUGGUAGUGUUCGUCGCUGCAUCCAUAUACUGGCAUCUGUGCAAAGGUUGGGGGAAUAGUGUUGCUAGUUUAACAGCUCCUAGUAGGUGUCAGUGCAUAGUGUAUUGCUGUAGUAAUAGUAAUGCAGUCCAGCAGCAAGCAAUAAACGAUUGGUAAUAAGUUAUAAAGUAUAAAGUCACUUGAAUUAGCUUCUUAGACUUAGUUUACUUAGAGUAGACUUAAUAUUAGUACUUAGUUAACUUAGACUUAAUAAUAAUUAUCAUCAUCUGGCGCUACAGCCCAUGUAGGGCCCUGGCCUGCUCCACCACAGUCCACAUCCUUCCAUUCGGAGCGAUCCCUGGCUUUCCGCCUCCAUGCGCGAACCCCCAACUGAUGUAUCCAUCUCCACAUUCUCAACCAUCUCACCCUUGGCGACCGGUGAGUCGUCUGCCCCUAGUCCAUAGGAUUCUGCCUGUAUAUAACUUUUUCUGCUCUUCAUUCCGGCAUCCUUUCAAUAUCUCCUGCCCAGCGUAGUCUGCCUUUUUUUAUCAUUGUGACUUUGGGUGGGUCUUUGUACAAAUGGUAAAGUUCUUGGUUUACACGGAUUCUCCAGAUAUCAUUUUCUAUUACUGGGCCAUAUAUCUUUCGGAGGAUUUUCCUCUCCCAUGUGGUGAGCAGGUUCUCUGCUUUUCUGUUAAGGGUCCAGGUCUAACUAGCGUACAUUACUACUGGUCGUAUGAUAGUGGUAUACAUUGUCUUCUUUGUUCCCCUUGAGAGGUUUUUGCUUCCCUGUAGCUUUUGUAGGCUGAAAUAGGAACGGUUGCUUGCUGUUAUCCUUUCUUUCACCUCCGACAUUAUCUCAUUGUGCUUGUUCAUAGUUGCCCCUAGAUAUUUGAAUGUAGCCACUCUCUCAAAUUUGUGGUUGUUUAUAUUGAUGUUAUCAUCAGCAUGGGAGUUUCUUGACAUUAUCAUUUUUUUUACUUCGAUUCAUUUAUAUCAAGACCAGCUUUUGAGGCAUUUUCUGGUUCCCUGAAUGCUUUAAUUAUGUCAUUACGGUUUCUACCCAGUAGUGCUAUAUGGCCUGCAUAUGCCAGGUACUGCAAUGGUUGGCUAUAUAAGGUUUCUGAUGGUCGUUGUUAUGUAAUAUCUCUCUGGAAGUAGUUUGUUAUGGUUCCACUGGUGCUCACGUGUAUUCUUUUAAUAACUUUUUCUAGCGUGAUGUUAAACAGGACACAUGAAAGUGAGUCUUCUUGUCUGAGGCCCCGAUUAACUGGGAACUCCCUUGAGUAUUCUCCCUGCACCUUGAUUCUACUUUUGGAGUUGGCCAUUGUCAUAUACAUGAGCCGAGUAAGCUUGUUAGGGACUCCAAGUUCUUGUAGAGCACUGUAUAAAUCUGCCAGAAGUACUGAAGAUGCAAUCUUACUAUUGUUGGAAAGACUUUACCAUCACCUAGACAGUUCUAAAACAUAUGCCAGAGUGCUUUUCUUAGACUUCUAAUCAGCAUUUAACACUAUCCAACCACACCUUAUGAUAAAGAAACUUUCCUCGUUAGGUGUCAAUUUAAAUAUUGAGGCUUGGACUUAAAUACUGAACUGUUUAUCAAAUCGGCCACAAUAUGUCAAAAUAAAAAGGUAACCAAUUAUCUCUAACCAGAGAAAUAAGCACCGGGUCACCACAAGGCCGCGUUCUCUCUCCUGUACUGUAUACAAUAUAUACCAAUGAUAUAUUCAAGGCUCAAGUGACACUGUUCCAAUCUUAAAAUUUGCUGAUGAUACCAACAUUGUUGGCUUAAAUCUGAAGGAGAAGGCAUAUACCGCAACUUAGUUACAAGCUUUAUCAAUUGUUGCGCUGAAAAUUUUCUCCAGCUGAAUGUCUCAAAAAAAAAGGAAAUGGUUGUUGAUUUAAGGAGGGGAAAACACCAGAUUACAGAUCUCAACAUAAAAAAUCAAACUGUAGAGAAAGUGGAGGCAUACAAGUACUUAGGUGUCACCAUUAAUAAUAAGCUAACAUGGCAUGAGCACGGCAAAAUGCUGUAUAAGAAAUUCAACCAAAGACUGUUCUACCUCAAAAAACUGUACAAUAUCGGCGUAAACAAGCAAGCCGUUAACUUAUUCUACAGUGCAACAAUUGGAAGCCUACUUAAUUUUAGUAUUACUAUUACAUGCUGGUGUGGGAAUUCAAUGUCUGAUAUUAAAGGCCGCAUAAACCGACUAAUCAAGAAAGCUAGAAACAUAACACAAACUAAACAUCCUUCACUUGCAGAACUCCCGUUAUUUGAAGAAGGAUGUUUUUGUAAAACUAAACACAUUUUGGAUGAUGCAUCCCAUAAUCUUCAUCACAAAUACUUAGGAUCAGGCCGUUUAGGACGAAUACUUUCCAUCAGGGCGAGGACUGAAAGAUAUAAAAAUUCUUUUGUUCCCCAAUCUGUACGAAUUUACCGACGUGCUCCCUCUGAAGUCACACAUCUUAAUGAGAACUAAUAACUCCCUGAUUCAGCUAAGAGAACUCACUGAAUGGCUAUUUGAAAUAAUUUAUUAUAAAUGUCUUGUGUUCAAAUUGUUUUAUUUAUGUGCUGAAUAUGUAUAGUGCAAUCCAAAAAAUUUCCAUUUAUUUGGAUCAAUAAAAGAAUCUUAUCUUAUAAGUAAUUCCUGUUUACGCUAUCAAAUGCUGUUUUAUAAUCCACAUAUAGUUGGUGUAUGCCAAUGUUACAUUCGUAACAUUUCUCCAGGAGACAUCUUAUGGUAAAAAUAUCACCCGUGGUUGACCUAUUCUGCUGGAAUCCACAUUUGAUAGUCCCUUAGGAUCUGUUCACUAUACUUUUCCAGUUUUCUCGCCUUAAGUUUUUGAGGAUUUUGUACAUUACAUUAAGAAGGGAGAUUCCUCUAUAGUUUGAGCAGAUCAACUUAGAUCCUUUUUUGUGCAUUGGGAUUAUGAGCGCUGUGUCCCAUUCAAUUGGCAUUUCUUCCUCCUGCCAGAUUCUGGAUAUAAGGUCGUGUAUUCGCCCAUGCAGUUCGUUACCACCUAGCUUUAUCAGUUUUGCAGAGAUAAGGUCUAUUCCUGGGGCUUUGUUAUUUUUCAUGGUGGAGAUUGCAUCUUUUAUUUCAUUUAAUAUUGAUUGGUUGACCAGUGGGUCCGGUUCUCCUUGUGGCAGAGCGUAAUCCUCAUUGGUUCCUCCACCUGAGCCAUUCAGUAAGCCUUCAAAGUUCAAAGUGUUGUGCCCAUCUCUCUAGUACUCUUCUACUCUCUGUGAUCAAUUCUACAUCCGUACUUUCACACAUGUGGGAUCUUGCUUGAAAGCCAUUAUUUUCCUGCUUUAUCUUCAGGUACAUUCUCCUCACAUCUCUUUCUUUUGCCAACUCUUCUAUCUCUGCUAUUUUUUAUUUUUCCCAAACACGUAUUUUCUUUAUGCAAAUUUUGCUGGCCACCCUUCUUGUUUCAUUAUAUAAUUUCCGUGUUCUUCUUGUCUCCCUUUGCAGCAUCAUUAGCCGAGCUUUGUUUCUUUGUUCUAUAAGUUCUUUGCAUUCUGCGUCAUACCAUCCUUUUCUUUUCACUGCCGGUUUAAAUCCAAUCGUUUCCUCUGUUACACUUUUAACUAUUUGCUUCAUCUUUUCCCAUUGCUGAUUUGUAUCAACGUUGCUGGCUGAUUCUCUUCUGGAUAAUUCUAGUUGAGUUUCAAUCUUCUGUUGAUAUUCCUCAGUAAUUUUUGGAUCCCUACUCAAUUUCUGAAUAUUGUACUGUUUUUCUCUUUUAUUUUGUUUAUUGUGGAUGUUACAAAUUCUUUGUUUAUAUUUGAUUCAGACUUAUUAAUUAGGCUUAGCUUAACUAGGACUAGGGGCGGGCAGGUGGCAGUGGUGACUACCUUACUAAUAAUACACUCACACUGUACACUAUAAAAUGGACUAUAUCACUAUACUUUAAAACUUAGAUAGAUUCUUAAAUAACAAUAACCUUGUCCUUAGCACUACAUAGUCUAUUAUAGUCUAUAGUAUAGUAACAUAGGCUGUACUACUGUAUAAUACAGUAUUCAGUUAUUAUUAGUAAUUAGUAAGAAUUAAAAAGUAAUUAUACUUCUGCCUACUUUAAAUUAAAGACAUAACUCUAAGCUAGAAUAUAGUGGAUCACAUAUUAUAUAUAUAUAUAUAUAUAUGCCUAAGCGGCCCAAAAUAACUCAAUAUAAUAUUAGGCUAUAUUUAUUUAUCGGUAAUAUUAAUUAUAAUAUAUUAGAUUAAUGUUUUCGUAUUUAUUUUUAUAAUAUUUAUCUAUUUAUUCUGCCAGAGAUUGAGUGAAUCAGCCUAAACUAGUACUUCCUGACUGAGACUGAGCCUUUUCAUCGAAAUACUUAUGGCUGAUACUGAUAUAAAUCAGAUUAUUUCAGAAGCAAAAGUGGACAAUUUGUUUAAAGUGGUUGUUAAUGGACGCCAAAAAUAUAUUUGCUCCACCAGAAACAAUGGAAAAUCUCUUGUUUUUCAAGUAACUGAUGGUGUAGAUGUAUGGUUACUGGACUUGGAUGAGGAUGGACUCAAAGCUCAUAGUGAAACUGGAUCAAUUGCUGUCUUCCUACUGAAAAUUCAGUAAACUGUUUUGUCCUGCUUUUUGCUUUUUUAAAUUAUAGUUUAUUAACUUUAUGAGUAAAUAUUAAUAGAGAUGCUAUUCUCAGACUGCGGCUAAUCAAAGCCAUUUUGGAGGCUCACAUCCACAAUAUUCAUAUUACAUUUAAUUUAGCUUCAUCUACAUGUCAUAUAUAAAAAUGAAUGUAUGUAUGUCCUGUUUGCGAUCCUAUACCAUUCAUGUGAUUGCAAUAAAACUUUGGUGAGUUAUUGUCCACAAGCCAGCAAAUUUUUCUGAGACAUUACAACCCUUUUAAAAUAUUCCAUUUUGGAUAGUUGGGUUUAAAUUUGUUUUUUUUCUAAUAUGAGCUAUGUAAAUAUAAUUUCCGUGUGCACUCCUAUGCUAAUUAUCCGAUUGCGAUAAAACUUUAGUGAGUUGUUGUGCACACGCCCACAAAGUUUUCUGAAUUAGUACAACCAUUUUACAAUAUUCCUUUUAGGGCUGGGGGACCAAAAUUCGUUUUUUUUAUAUGAGUUCUAUAAAUAUAAUUAUUAUUUCAAAUGAAGCUAUUGCUUCGGUGGAUUUAAUUUAAUCAAAUACAAAUAAAGACAUUUCAGUUUGUGUGUAACAUAUUAAGUAGGUUUCUGAAUAUAGUAAAACUAUGUUAAUAUAUUCCAUUUGGGGCCUGGGCCCUAAAUUCAUUUUUUUUAUUAUAUGAGCAUAAUUUCAAACAGAGCUAUUGCAUGGGUGGAUCACUCACUACAAGUGUGUGGUCAAACGUUUGAAAAUCUAUGCUUCUCACAUGGACAGCUGUAUGUGGCCUGCUCAUGGAUCGAAAAACCCACCAGUAACAGAAACAUUGCAAAUCCCAUCUACAUGCAUAGGAGCCAAAAUGAUCAAUAAAUUGAUCGUGGGCCCUUAAGAUAUAGAAGAAGAAGAUUUGUGUACGCACAAUACGGAAAAACAAAAAAAAUAUUAUCAAUAUAAAAAGUACUGCAAAAAACAUUAUUAAAACAAAACACCUUCUUUCUUAGGGUGGCAUUGCAAACGCAUGCCGGGUACUUGCUAGUUUGAAAUAAAAAAAGAAUUUUUAAUGGAAACAUUUUGCAGUUGUGUGCAGGCGGGUAGGAAUAAAACUUGAUUUAAAUCAUUGUUACGAUUUUGUCUCUUGUGUGCUCUUUGUGCUUUUUUAUUUUAUUUAAAAUACUGGUACUGAAAAUGUGAUGCAUAUAAAUAUUUUUUAAAAACGUUAACUUAUAACUUAUUAACUUUUUUUAUUAAAAUUUAUAUACCGGUAAACAAAAUUUAAAAAUAAAAUUUAGUUCAAGGAAUAAAAUAAUGGUGUGCCCAAGAUAAACCCAGUUAUAAUGGACCAUGCAAAGAGCUGAAAAUCUUAAGAAUCAAACGAUUUAAGUAAAUGAAGAAUUUAGGGUGCUUGACAUCAUUUAUUGAUGGCUUUUUAUAAUCCAAAUAAGUCUCCCAGCUAAAAAUGACAAAUUGACACCCAACCCCCCUACAAAAAAAUCUACAGUGCCUAUGCCCCAGAAAUGAGUAAUGUUUUUUUUUUUCCAUAUUUAUCCUGGCAGUUGUAGUUGUAACAUAACUAGUAAGUAAGACAACAUCUAUUUUUUGUGAGGACACUUCAGAAAUUUUUUAAGCCAACACAAACUGAGCUGCUCUCUUACAUUUACAACUUCAGUGAAAUUAGUGUUUUUAAAGUAAAUAUUGGAAUGAGAUACAAUAAACAACAGAUAAAUUUAAAUUAAAAAAUAAUUAUGUUUUCAAAGAUCUCAAUAGAUUAUAUGUAGCUCAAUGUUCAGAACAAGAAGCACACUAUCACUGCUGUAUUGUAAUGUCUGCUGAAGAAAGAAUUUAGCCAAAACAUCGGCUUAAUUGUCUUGUCUUUUAUUUUCAGACCUAAACAUAUAUUAACUCCACUAUUUAUUUACUUCACAUAGCUUGAACACAGACCCUCAUAUAUUAUCCUUCAGUUGUUGUUUUUUUAAACUCAGAGUUCAACUUCUCCUUUAACCAUUCAACAACUUAAUACACACUCUUUUUUUUAAAGUAUAUUUUUGUUCUAUAUGUUGUUAUUUUUAAAUAGUCAAAUUAUGUUUCAAACUUUUGUUUUACAGCAAUGGAUUUUUAACAGGGGAAAUUUCCAUUGGGCGCAUUGGUACAAAAGUGACAUUAUCACUUGGAAAGGAUAGCUCAGUUAUAAAUCUUGAACUUUACGAAGCAAUGGCAGCAGAAAAAAAAAAUGAAUUGCAGUCUCUUCUCUACAUGAUGGCAGAAGAUCUUGCAAAAGUGAAAUCAGAGCUAUCUUUGGCAAAGGAGCAACUGCUUAAUACACAGAAAUCUUCCAAUAGUGGCUUGGGACUUGUGGACUUGAGUCCAAAGAAAACUGCUGGUAGAACCAAGGUGAAGAAAGUUGGAAUGAGUGCAGUAAACCCUUUUAGUCGGAAGCGUAAAGCUGCUACAGGUGUUGUGUUUGAAGAGAAAUAAGCCUUUUCCUUGAAAUCUGCCAUCUUUUACACUAAUUAUGUCUUAAAGUGAAUUGUAGGUUUCAGGAGAUUGGUUUUUAUUAUCUACCGUACUUAAAGGAAUCAUUGAUGGAAAACACAAUACUUUUUAAUGUAGUCCUCACUCCCUUUUAAUAGUAUAAUGGUAGUAAUUAAUAGUUUAAGCAUUCUUCAUUCAAGCUUUUUAAAUUGUAUUUUUUACUCUAACUUGCUGCAACUUAAUUUAAACUUACACAGUUUUAAAAUUAAUAAAUAUUUCACUCUUUGAUUUUUAGAUAAGCACUUUUGUAAAUGUUUCAAGGGGCCCUAAUGGAAACAUAAAAUAACUUUUUUUAUAUAAUCUAUGUAUUCCUGACUCAAUAGAAUGAAAUGAAAGCAGCGACAUCUGUGGAGGUAGGAUGAUAAAAACAAAAAUAACUUUUUAGUGGCUUUUGUAACGAGUCUCUACGAUAUAUAACUGCACAAAUAAAAUGCAGGCCAUUUCCAAAUUUAACCAAAAAUAUAUGUUUCAUGGUAAAAGGUUUGGAUCAGUCAUGUAGCAGAUUUGUUUAUAAUGUAUUUUGUCUUUGGUUUCGAGCAUAAAUAUAUUUUACAAAUUCACUUAAAAUGGUGAUACUUUCUUGUUUAAAUCAGAUUUUUUUCAAUACCCAGUAAUGAUCAGAAUGAUCAUGGUGUCAGUUUUCAUAAUGAUCAAAGUUUUGGCUGAUUGUCCACAGUUGUUAUUGACAGUUCUAAUUGUCAACAGUGCUGAUUGUCUACAGUGAUUGUUUACAGUACUGAGUAUCCACUGUGGUUGUUUACAGUGCUGAAUGUCUACAGUGCUGUUUGCCUGCAGUGCUGAUUGUCCUCAGUACUUGUCUGAAGUGCUAGUUGAAGUUUUGUUAAAGCCUUCAUUGUUGGUUUAUCUUGUAACAGUUCAAUGUUUUACUUGAUACCUGUAAACCUUUAAUAUGCUCUACUACAAUCCAUCAAUACCUGUAAACCUUAAUGUGCUCUACUACAAUCCAUCAAUUACUGUGUUUAGACUUUUUGAGUGCUGAGGUUUUCACCAUUUGUAACCUUAAGUUAUCACACGUAUAAUUCUGGUAUGUCUGUUAUUUAUUAAUGUUAUUGAAACAAGUAUAAAUUGCAUUCGGUGUAAUGGAGGGUACCUCUUUAUUAGCUUGUUGCCUUGAUCUCUGUUAUAGAUUAUAUUAUAUAUAGUAUAAACCAAUUGU